AUGUCGGAGGAAACAAUUAUGUCUAUGAAUGAUCAGACAAUUAAACUUGAACCACCAGAAUAUUCACCAGAAGACAUUAAACUCGAAAUAGAGGAUGAUUUUGUUGAUCCCGACGUUAUUGUUAAAUCUGAAUCGUGUUCUGAAGGUGAUGAUACGUGUUUAGAAGGAUUUAUGAAUUCCGAGGUGAAAAUUGAAGAAGAAGUCAAACAGGAGUUAGUCGAGACAUCAACUUAUGAAUGUGAUGUUUGCAACAGAUCAUUUGCAGAAUCAGAUCAUUUAAAAGAGCAUACGAUCGAACAUAUGCCUAAUAAUAGCAAAGAAAAUCCUUUCAAAUGCGAAUUCUGUCAUAAGACUUUCAGUCUAUUAGCUAAUCUGAAAAGGCACAAGCUCAUUCACAGUGGUGAGCGCGUCCAUGAAUGCAGUACAUGCAAAAAGACAUUCACUACAAUAAAUUAUCUGAAAAGACACAUGCUCAUUCACACUGGUGAGCGUCUUCAUGAAUGCAAUAUAUGCAAUAAGACAUUUGCAGAAAGAGGUUGUCUGAAAAAACACAUGCUGAUACAUAGUGAAGUACGUCCACAUGAAUGCAACGUUUGCAAAAAGAAAUUUACACAAUCAAGUCAUCUGAAAAGUCACAUGCUUAUUCACAGUGAAUCACAUGCUGAUACACAGUGGAGUACGUCCACAUGA